AUGUCUACUCUUUUGAAUCUUCCUCGUGAGAUCCUUCUCUGGAUUUACCGAAGCCUCAACAAUAUCCCUGACGCCCUUCACCUUGCCCAAUCAUGCAAAUUGCUAUCCUGUAUUUUCGACCGUCCACAGAACCGGUUGCAAAUCUUCCUUUCAAUCAUAGAUAAUAUGCCCCGGCCCCCCAGCUCAGACAAAGUCUGGCUUGAAGAUCGCUUUGGUGCUGGUUCUCUGUGGCAACCUGAGGAAUCCGGCAUACCAUCAGCCCUCACGGAUUCAGGGACAAGAACCUUUCUGACUACCGUGGGCUUCCCUGCCGUCAAGCUCCAAUGCGCUGGUUUUGACUCCACCCAUUUAACGAAAGACGCGGGAUCCCUAGAGCCCUACGACGCUGACGAGCUGUACGGCGAGCGCUAUCCUGAUGAUGACUCCCCUCCCACGAACCUCUGCUUCCAUUUCGGAAGUGUUAGGGAUGAUCGCAGGUUCCCUGAGGAGCUUUGCAGUGCUGUUGGGGAUGCUGGCAGAGGUUGCGGAGAGGCUGGAUAUGGUGACCGAUAG